GAAAUAUCUCAACUCACUCACCACUAUCUCCAUCUCCUUUCUUCUCCUCGAUUCCCCCAAUUCCCAUGGCUGAGGUUGGCGUUCUCACCGCCUCCUCUCUCCUUCCUCCUCCUUCCCUCGCUCUGCAACGGCAGAAACCUCUCCCUCCACCUUGGAGCCACCGCGCUGACUGCAGGCCACUCCACACCCUCCACCCCUCCCCAGUCCUUCUAAGCGUAAACCACCCAGGCCCUUCUUCCACUCCCACUACUUCCCGCCUCCUGAAGAACUACGCACGCCUCGCCUCCAAGCUCGCCCUCAGCGGCCUGUUUCAUGAAUUCCUCACGAUUGCCGAAAGCAUCUUGGCUUCCGACGCCAUUACCGCCGCCGAGAGCUCUCGUUUCAUCGCUCGCAUUGAAGCCAAUAUGGUCUCCCGGGGAAUCGUUGCUGUCAUUGGCGACGGAAGGCUCGACGAUGCUGUCGAUUUGUUAUGCAGGGCGGAUAAGCUGGGGAUAAGACCAUUGGAUCUGCUUGAUGGCUCGGCCAUCAAGGCUAUCAAGGCUGAAUGUGGAAGGAUCAUGCAGCGGGGAUGCUUGGAGGAGUACGUGCGGUUGAUGGAAAUUCUUGCAGGCUAUGGUCUAUUUAUCAAAGACAUUUCAGAUCCUGGUGAUACAAUCAAAUUCUUUGUUGAAAAGCGCGAACCUGAGAUGGCUGUAAGGUAUGCUCGCCUUUUCCCGCAAUUUCGACUUCUGGUAUGCCGGAUCAUACAAGAAUUUGGUAAGAAGAAGGAUCAAUUUUCUGCUAGGAGAACUUAUAAGGCAUUCAGCAAAGAAUUGGACAGCGCUGAUAUGCAUGUAUGCCGAAGUUUAAUUGAUGUAUAUGGUCUUUGUGGUGCCUUUUUAAAGACGAGGCAAAUGUUUGAGGGGUUGCUUGCGAGAAAUAUAAUCCCAAAUAUAUUCUUCUUCAACAGUCUCAUGAAUGUGAACUCCCAUGAUUUGAGCUACGCAAUAAACGUCUACAACCAUAUGCAAAUUUUGGGUGUCACAGCUGAUAUAACGUCAUAUAAUAUACUUCUGAAGGCAUGUCAUAAUGCCAAAAGAGUUGAUUUAGCAGAGAAGAUCUAUAAAGAAGCUAAGCAAGUAGCAUCAGAGGGAGCCUUAAAAUUGGACAUUAUUACAUAUAGUACCAUGAUGAAGGUUUUUGCUGAUACAAAAAUGUUGGAAAUGGCUUUUAAAAUUAAAGAUGAAAUUAUUAUGGCUGGUAUACGUGUAAAUGUCGUUACUUGGUCAACAUUAAUCAGUGCAUGUGCCAGUGCUACUCUUGUCGAAGAGGCUGUUAUGAUGUUUGAGGAAAUGCUUGGGGCUGGUUGCGAACCAAAUGCAUAUUGUUACAACAGUGUUCUUUAUGCUUGUGUUGAAUCAUGCCAGUAUGAUCGGGCUUUUCGAUUUUUCGAUACUUGGAAAGAGACCGGAUUUGAAGUUAUCAAUUUUGACCAGGGAAAUAAACAAGUUGCAGUGAUUGCUUUCAGACCAACGGUUGCUACUUUUAAUAUUUUAAUGAAAGCCUGCGGAACGAAUCAUUUUCGUGCUAAAGCGUUGAUCAGUGAAAUGAAUGUAAUGGGCCUAUCUCCUAACCACAUAAGCUGGUCUGUUCUAAUUGAUAUUUAUGGAAGCGCUUAUGAUAUGAAGGGAGUCAUGAAGGCACUAAAAGCCAUGAGAGAUACUGGGAUUAAGCUUGAUGUUGCUGCAUAUACAGUUGCCAUCAAGGCAUGCGCUCAGAAUGGAAAACCAAGUUUGGCAUUUUCUCUAUUUGAAGAAAUGAAGAGAGACAAAUUGAAGCCCAAUUUGGUGACUUACAAAACUCUCUUAAGAUCUCGUAGCCAAUACGGUUCCCUGCGUGAAGUUCAGCAGUGCCUAGCUGUUUACCAAGACAUGCGAAAAGCAGGGUACAAUUCCAAUGAUUACUAUCUCAAAGAGUUGCUUGAGGAGUGGUGUGAAGGAAUAUUAUGCAGCAACAGCCAAAAGAAAAACCUAAAUAGCACUGACGAAAGAUUCAGCUUAAAUAAUUCUAAGAAACUAAGCUGGCCACUUCUUGAAAGAAUGGCAACAUUUUUGCAAAAAGACACAGAUGACUAUCAGGCUAUUGACAUCAGAGGUCUCUCAAAGGUUGAAGCUCGAAUUGUUGUUCUUUCAGUUUUGAGGAUGAUUAAGGAAGACUACCAGCAAGGAAAAAAUAUCCAAGAUGACAUGAUCAUCAUUUUAGGAACUGGUGAUGAAUCAACAUGCUCUGCAGGCACAGAGCAUGAGAUCAAGCAAGCAAUCCUACAGGUUCUGCAAGGUGAGUUAGGCCUCCAUGUUAUUACUGGCCAUAAACCUGACCUAAACAUCUCUCAGGCAGUGAAGAACCCCAGCAACAUAGCUGAAGAUAAAUAUUUGCAAAGAAGACCCCAUUAUUCAGGAUUAUUAAAAAUCACAAAGGAAUCACUUUAUCAGUGGCUGCAAGGAAAGGAAUUUACUCAGAUUUGGUUCAACAGAUCCUUCAUUUUCCUGGGCAGGCAUCAAUCGGUAAGCAAAUGAUAAAGUUUUUUAUUUUUUAUUUUGAGGCAUUUACAUACAUAACAUCCAAUUCGUGCGUAUUUACAUAUUGAACACCAAGAACUUACUUUUUACGCUUAUGCCAGCAUAAUCUUUCAUAUCAUAUCAGAAAUAUCACUGUUUUAACUUUUACAAAGUUUAGAACAUCUUUUCACGGAUGGAUGUGGUGUUGUAUAUGUAAAAAAAUUGAAGUUUAGGCGUUAGAUAUGUAAAUACGUGGCAAUUAGAUGGUAUAUUUGUAAAUCUUCCUUCAAAUUAAAGUGUUUUCUCACCUCUUCUUGUCUCUCUUUUUCUCUCACUUGGUUCUUAUUAAAUAGUUUCAUGACACCCAUAUUUAAUAUAUUUUUUUCAUAGAUAAGA